GUCCUUAUCGUUCAAUGGGACCUUGAAUUCAUGUUUGUACAUGUUGUCCAUAUGAUAACGUGCACAUAAAGGACGCAAAGACAGCUGCUGAGACAACUUCUCCAAGGAACACCUUCCAGUGCAAGAGAAACCCAGAUGUCUUCUGCCCAUUUCUUCUUCAACUGUAUUCUUCAACUUUACAACUAAGUAACUAACAAUCCUUUUCUCUUUUGUAUAUAUAUAUAUAUAUAUGGAAUCCACACCUACCCUAUCUAACAAUCCUCCAAUACACGCUUCUUCCUUUUAGCUGAUAAAACAUUCUGCAAUUAAUUAAUCAACCAUGGCAAUUAGCCUGAUCCUCUUCUUGAUAACCCGUCUUUUUGUACAAUCAGAAGCCGUAAGUAGAGCUGAUUUCCCCAGUGGGUUCACCUUUGGAACUGCUGCUUCCGCUUACCAGUUCGAAGGAGCUGUAAAUGAAGGAAACAAAGGAGCCAGCAUAUGGGAUACCUUCACAAGGCAACCAGGAAGAAUAUUGGACUUCAGCAAUGCAGAUACAGCCGUUGAUCAAUAUCACCGGUUUAAGGGAGACAUUGACCUGAUGAAGGAUUUGGGGAUGGAUGCGUACAGAUUUUCAAUAUCUUGGCCAAGAAUUUUUCCAAAUGGAACAGGGAAACCUAACCCAGAAGGAAUAGAUUAUUACAACAGCCUCAUAGAUGCUUUACUGGAAAAAGGAAUCCAGCCUUAUGUAACUCUGUACCAUUGGGAUCUUCCGCAGAUUCUUGAAGAUAAAUAUGGAGGAUGGUUGAGCAAACAAAUAGUAAAGGACUUCGAGCAUUAUGCCUUCACCUGCUUCGAAGCUUUUGGAGAUAGAGUGAAACACUGGAUCACCUUCAAUGAACCUCAUGGUUUCUCCAUCCAGGGUUACGACACGGGUAUUCAAGCUCCCGGAAGGUGUUCUAUUCUAGGUCAUCUGCUUUGUAAGGAAGGAAAUUCGUCAGCUGAACCGUAUAUUGUAGCUCACAACAUCCUCUUGUCACAUGCUGCUACGUACCGAUGUUAUCAGUCACAUUUCAAGGCAAAGCAGGGAGGCCAAAUUGGAAUAGCAUUAGAUUCCAAGUGGUACGAGCCAAUAUCUGAUGCUGAUGAGGACAAAGAUGCGGCGCAUAGAGCAAUGGUCUUUGCAAUCGGAUGGUUCCUUGAUCCUCUGUUCUUUGGAAAAUAUCCCCUUUCAAUGGAAAAGCUUGUGGGUGAGAGAUUACCUGAAAUCACUCCAGAGGCGUCCAAAGCCUUGGCAGGUUCCCUGGACUUUGUGGGCAUUAAUCAUUACACAUCUCUGUAUGUUAGAAAUGACAGGACUCGGAUUCAGAAACUAAUAUUGCAGGAUGCCUCAACUGAUGCUGCUGUAAUUACCACUGCUUAUCGACAUGGAAUCGCCAUUGGAGAACGAGCAGCUUCCCGCUGGCUACAUAUUGUACCCUGGGGCAUUCGUAAACUGGUCAACUAUGUGAAAGAUAAGUAUAAGAAUCCACCGGUGAUUAUAACAGAAAAUGGUAUGGACGAUGCAAAUACACCAUUCAUAUCUUUAAACAAGGCCUUACAGGACGAUAAGAGGAUAGAAUACCACAGAGAUUAUCUCUCAAACCUGUCUGCAGCUAUAAGGGAAGACAAGUGCAACGUUCGGGGUUAUUUUGUGUGGUCUGUUCUUGACAACUGGGAAUGGAACUCAGGCUACACCGUACGAUUUGGACUCUACUUUGUGGAUUACAAAAAUAAUCUUACCAGAAUACCAAAAGCUUCUGCUCAAUGGUUCAAAAGUAUUCUCAGAUUAAAUAGCGAUCUGCAAAGCCAGCUUUGAAGUGUAUAUGUUACAAAACCAUAGGACAUGCACAUAAUGUACUGCGCAAUUGAUAUUGGAAAAUUGUUAACGUUCAUAGAAAAUUGGAAAGAAAAUCAUUGAAAUAAAAGGCAUACCAUGAAUUGUGGAA